AUUGUUUUUCUACAAUGUUAUUUUUCUGACUGUUGCUGGUAGACGAAAAAUUUGGUCUCGCUGCGUCGUGUGUGACUGUAGUGCUAGUGUUCGUGCUCGAUAUUGUGAUUUAUUGGAAAUAGAUCACGAAGAUGUCGUCACCGAGCGCUGGGAAACGUCGAAUGGACACAGAUGUCAUCAAACUUAUUGAGAGUAAGCACGAGGUGACGAUCCUGGGCGGCCUCAACGAGUUCUGUGUCAAAUUCUUCGGUCCUCCAGGCACACCGUAUGAAGGCGGCGUGUGGCGCGUACGAGUGCACCUGCCCGACCACUACCCCUUCAAGUCGCCGUCCAUCGGGUUUAUGAACAAGGUGUACCAUCCGAACAUCGACGAGGUGUCGGGCACCGUCUGUCUGGACGUCAUCAAUCAAGCGUGGACAGCGUUAUAUGACCUAUCAAACAUAUUCGAGUCGUUCCUGCCGCAGCUUCUCACGUAUCCGAACCCCAUCGACCCGCUGAACGGAGACGCGGCCGCUAUGUACCUGCACAAACCAGAGGAGUACAAGAAAAAGGUUUCAGAUUACGUGCGACGGUUCGCGACCGAAGAGGCUUUACUAGAGAAGGACGCGAUAACAGGCGUCGGGGCCACCCCUACACCCUCCGGUACUAAAUCCAACGGCGCCGCGAACAAUAAUACCGACACAGAGAGCUCCAUGAGCGACUUCAGCGACGACGAAGCGCACGAUAUGGAGUUAUAACGCACGCAAACACCACGCUCGUUGCACGUGCUGUCUAUGUCUUUGCUCGUAUCUGACCGUAGUACGCGUAGUAACGAUCCCGUAGAGCUGUCUGUGACACGAUUAUAAUGGUUCCCGUGUUGUUUUGUGAAAAUAACCGUUUUUGUA